AUGGGGAAGAAAGGAAGUUGGUUUUCUGCAAUCAAAAGGGUUUUUACUCCACAUUCAGAGAAGCUAGGCAAUCAAGAAGCAGAGAGAAAGAGUACAAAAGAAAAGAAGAAGAAAAGGUUUGGGAAGACCAAUUCAUUUCUUCCAAUCUUCAGAGAGCCUAGUAGCAUCGAGAAGAUCUUGGGCGAGGCUGAGAGAGAUCACAAUCUUGUCUUCAGGCCUCCUACUCCUCCUCCUGAUCGAUCAAGUCCAUUCUCAGCCUCUCCUCCUCCUCUAAGGCCUGCUUCUCCAAGACCAACUUCUCCAAGAGUUGCCUCACCACGAGCUGCUUCUCCAAGAGCAGACCUUCCAAGAUCUCUUUCUCCAAAGCCCCCUGAUCGAUCAAAGCCAUCAUCAUCUGCCUCUGCCAAUGCUCCUCCUCCUCUGAGACCUGCUUCUACUCGAGUUCCUUCUCAGAGAAAUGCCCCUUCCAUUGUUCCUUCUGCAAGAGUUGCCUCCCCACAAGCCGUCUCUGUAAAGACUCCUUCUUCAAGACAAACUCCACCAAGAGUUGCUUCCCCACAAGUCACUCCAAAGCCGCCUUCUCCAAGAACUGACCCACCAACAUUGGACACUCCAAGACCUCCAUCUCCAAAGCCUCCUUCUCCAAGACCGGCUUCUCCAAGAGCAGACCUACCAAGGUUGGAUGCUCCAAGUCCUCCUUCUCCAAGACCGGCUUCUCCAAGAGCAGACCCACCAAGGUUGGAUAGUCCAAGACCUCCUUCUCCAAGAGCAGACCCACCAAGAUUGGAUGCUCCAAGACCCACUACACCUAAGCCCCCUUCUCCAAGAGCUGUUUCACCUAGGGCUGUGCAGCGACGUGAGAUUGUUUACAGACCGGAGCCAACUCUUCUGGUCCAACAUGCUUCUGCAACAAAGAUUCAAGGAGCUUUCAGAGGUUACACGGCAAGGAGGAGUUUCAGAGCUCUCAAAGGUCUAGUCAGGCUUCAAGGUGUGGUGAGAGGAUACAGCGUGAAGCGUCAGACGGUAAAUGCAAUGAAGUACAUGCAGCAACUGGUCCGUGUUCAGUCCCAGAUUCAGUCACGUCGCAUCAAAAUGUUGGAAAACAAAGCCCAGGUUGAGAAAGAUGAAGCAAGAUUGGCUGCAUCUGAAGCUGGUAACGAUAACUGGGACGACAGUGUGCUGACAAAAGAAGAAAGAGACGCCAGAUCACAGAGGAAGAUUGAUGCCAUCAUCAAGAGAGAACGUUCCAUGGCUUAUGCAUAUUCUCACAAGUUGUGGAAGAACAGUCCCAAGUCUUCUCAGGACAUUCAUACUUCAAGUGGGCUCCCUCUAUGGUGGAGCUGGGUGGACCGGCAGCUUCCUCUUGCAAGUCCUGUACCGAGCUAUAGCCAACCACUAAGAGAUUACAGGCUAACACCAACAAGACUGAGUCCAAGCCCUCUGUCUCAGUCAAGCAACCAACGCCAUUUCAGGCAUGACGACAACUUUGACACUUCCACACCCAAAUCGUCAAGGUCUACACUUCUCACUCCAUCCAGACCUUUCCGCACAAGCACAUCAAGAUACUCAAGAGGAAGACUAAGAGGACAAGAUUCUCCUUUCAAGGAUGAUGACAGCCUCACAAGCUGCCCUCCGUUCCCUAGCUACAUGGCUCCAACGGUCUCUGCCAAGGCCAAAGUUAGACCAACCAGCAAUCCGAAGGAGAGAGUGAUGGGUACACCGUCAUCGGUGAGUAGCGAGACGAGGAGAAUGUCGUUUCCUCCAGCACAACAAGGUCUUGAUGUGUUCAGAUGGAACAACAAAGGGUCGUUGCUCAUGAGCAACAGCAGCAGCCAGAGAGGCCCUGGUUCACCUGGAGGUGUGGUUCUUGAGAAGCGCAAGACACUUAAAUCAGUAGGAAAUAUGAGCAUUGAUUCCACCGUCUCUAUGCCGGCCACAGUUGGUAGUAGGAAAGCGUUUAACAGAUAUGUGUGA